AUUAUUAUCUUGGUAGAAAACCCUAAAUAAAAUGCAGAACCUAGAAUCCUUUCGUAAAACCCUAAAACCCUUCUCUCAAUCAUUUAAACCCUAAUUGUCCGCCAUAUCUGCCAUUUUUUCAAAAACAGUAGAGAGAAUAUGGGAAGCGACAGUGAAACUGAGAAGUCGGCACACAAGGAGAAAAAGAAAUCUGUUGCUCUUGCUCCUAUUGCUAAACCUUUGGCUGGAAAAAAGCUAUGCAAGCGCACUUACAAACUCAUUCGUAGAGCGGCUGAACAAAAAUGCUUGAAAAGAGGAGUGAAGGAAGUUGUUAAGAGUAUUAGACGCGGCCAUAAAGGAAUAUGUGUGAUUGCUGGAAAUAUAUCACCUAUUGAUGUCAUCACUCAUGUUCCAAUCUUGUGUGAAGAAGCAGAUAUUCCUUACGUCUAUGUACCUUCUAAAGAAGAUCUUGCAAGUGCUGGAGCCACUAAGAGACCAACCUGCUGUGUUCUGGUGCUAAACAAGCCAUCAAAGGGGGAACUAAGCCAAGAGGAUCAAGAAAAAUUGAAGUCGGAAUCUGAUCAAAUUACAUCAGAAAUUCGUGAAUUGACGGCUUCCAUGUUUUGAGAAAUGUCGAGAACGAGUGCUGCUUUUGUACCAUUCUCAGAUGUGCGAUUAUGUAACAUGACUGAAAAUUUCUGCAACUCGUGUUUAAGAGUUUUCUUACUCCUUUAAUUAUAAUAUUCACUUC